AUGGAGGCGAAAACUCAACAAGCGACAUCAGCCGAGGCAAGACCAGACUUGAACAACCCUUUCAAAUCGAAAGACAAAAGUGCUAAAGUAUUCUAUGCAGGCAUCUUCGCUGCCACUGUUGGAACUCAGCGUAUGCUGAAGAUGUUUGAUAAAUACAACAUCAAAGCAACAUGGUUCAUUCCGGGUCACACUCUUGAUUCGUUCCCAACGGAAAUGGCGGCGGUGCGAGAUGCUGGUCAUGAAAUUGGCCUGCACGGCUACUCGCAUGAGAACCCAGCAGACAUGACAUUGGAUCAACAACGAGUUAUCCUCGACAAGACCUAUAGACAGCUCACCGAAUUUUGCGGCAAACCACCAAAGGGUAGCGUUGCGCCAUGGUGGGAAGCCAGUGCCGAGGGAGCACAGCUUCUGUUGGAUUACGGAAUUGAAUAUGAUCACAGCCUUAGCCAUCAUGACUGUCAGGCGUACUAUCUUCGGACCGGAGAUUCAUGGACCAAAAUCGACUAUAGUAAACAUCCAAACGAGUGGAUGAAGCCGUUAGUCAAUGGUAAAGAAACUGGGCUUGUGGAAAUUCCCGCCAAUUGGUAUAUUGACGACCUCCCACCCAUGAUGUUUAUUAAAGCUGCACCCAACAGCCAUGGAUAUGUAAAUCCGCGAGACGUGGAGGAUAUUUGGAGAGACACCUUUGAUUAUUGCUACAGAGAGUACGACGAGUUUAUUUUCCCAAUUACUUGCCACCCUGACGUCUCGGGCCGACCACAGGUCAUCUUGAUGCACGAACGACUUAUCGAGCAUUUCAUGAAGCACGAAGGAGUGGAAUUCGUGACGAUGGGUUACAUUUCUGACGAUUUCAAGAGUCGAAACUCCCCGAUGUCUGGCGCUGCAAUGCCGGCCCCAGCAGGAUCCAUGCUACGACAGUCACCUAUACAAUAG